CCUAAACCUGUGAGUUGGGACCAGGGUUUUAAAGCGCAUGGAUUCCGGUCAAUAAUGGAGUAGAAAACACGCCAGCGAAUAAACCGUUAGUCCACCUCCGGUGCCCCACUACAACGCGUCUUCUCCCGUUAAUCCUAUUCUUCUUUCUUCCCAUAAUCGGAGUUUCGCCGGAUUUCAGCCUCCACUUUAUCCCUAUCCUUUUCCGUGGUUUCGGUCAACUCUUUUCAGCUCUCUAAUCGAGGCGCUCACGUAUAAAUCUAGUGCCGUAUUUAACCUUUGGGCUCUAACUCGAAACAAAUUGGCUAUAAGGGGAGUAGCUCAUGAUAAUAUUGUAAUCACUAUAUAAGUUGCCGGUUUGAAUAUAUAAGGACUCCGUAACAGUAUGCGUUCUUCCAAAUAACAUAUAAAAGUAUUGCAAAUUGUCAACCGUUGGAAUAUGCUAAAGACAUGGGUGAAGAGGAUUCAGUAUUUGUGGCGACUAAAUAUUGACAUUUAAAUUGCUGACAUUGACAUUCAGCAGCGGAAGCAAGUGCUGAACGUGAAGGGAUGAAUAAGAUAGCACACUCUGUCAUUGUUUUUUUAAUAUUCAAAAUUCAUUGGAAGACGUUACUCCCUAUUGGAGUCUUUAUCACAAUAACCUUUGCUCUUUUUCAAUUGAAAACACUUCCUUAUCAACUUACAACACCGAAUUCCCUUCACCCUGAUACAAAUCAAUUCGAUAUCAACUUGAAAAGUCAAAUCACUCCUUUGACCACAAAUGAAGAGUCUGAGGUUAUUAAAAUAGACCCUGAGACUGAUAUAACUAAUUCUUCUAGUCAAUUAGUUCCGUCAAUUGCAGUUGUGCAAGAGAAAGUGAAAGUUACCGAAACGAGGAACCAGGUGAAAGUUCCGUCAAUUCAGUUUAUCAAUAAGCCUAAUAAAUCACUGCUACCGUUAUCAUUUUCCUCCGCUUCUGAAAGAAGGCGUAAGCGUUAUCUGAGAGAUAUAAAGGGACUAUCACCGUAUGAAGCACUCGUGUAUGCCAAAAAGGAGCUUGACACUAUCUCAGUUGGCGUUAAUUACCAUGACCCAAAUCUAUAUGUCCCUUUGUUCAGAAAUAUAACCGUUUUUGAAAGGAGCUAUGAGUUGAUGGAGCUGAUACUGAAGGUUUAUGUAUAUCAAGAUGGAAAGAGACCUGUUUUCCACAAUCCUUAUCUCCGAGGAAUUUAUUCUUCAGAAGGUUGGUUUAUGAAGUUUAUGGAGUCAAGCAAAGAGUUUGUCACACGGGACCCACAAAAGGCCCACCUUUUCUAUCUACCAUACAGUGCGCGCCAACUUCAACGUGCUCUUUAUGUUCCCAACUCACAUAAUAUCAAGCCGCUAUCAAUCUUCCUAAGAGAUUAUGUCAACAAGAUUGCUUCAAAAUAUCCUUUCUGGAAUCGGACUCGUGGUUCAGAUCACUUUUUAGUUGCUUGCCAUGAUUGGGGUCCAUACACAUUAAAAGACCACAAGGAACUAACCAAAAACACAAUAAAAGCCCUUUGCAAUGCCGACACUUCUGAAGGAGUUUUCGUCGCUGGAAAAGACGUUUCCCUACCAGAAACAACCAUAGGAAACCCUAGAAGACCACUUAGGAACAUGGGCGGUAGAAAAAUCUCACAACGCCCUAUCCUUGCGUUCUUUGCCGGAGGAAUGCACGGUAGGGUCCGCCCCACCCUUCUCAAAUACUGGGCCAAUAAAGACAAAAAUAUGAUAGUUUCCGGGCCUAUGUCUUACAAAACAAUGUCCUAUUCUCGUCACAUGAAAUCCAGUAAAUACUGCAUCUGCCCAAUGGGCUUUGAAGUGAACAGCCCGAGAAUCGUGGAAGCCAUAUACUAUGAAUGUGUUCCCGUGAUUAUCGCUGACAAUUUUGUUCCUCCGUUGAAUGAAGUAUUGAACUGGAGUGCUUUUUCUGUGAGUGUAGCUGAACAAGAUAUUCCUAAGUUAAAAGAGAUUCUGGAAGCUAUUCCUAUGAAGCGGUAUCGUAUGAUGCAAAAUAAUGUGAAAAUGUUGCAACGGCAUUUUUACUGGAACCGUACGCCUGUCAAGUAUGAUAUGUUUCAUAUGAUCCUGCAUUCCAUCUGGCUCAGUAGGCUUAACCAAAUUCAAGAUUUGACAGGUACACAAUAAUUUAUUUUUUUUGGCAUUUGAUUUUUAUUUAUUUGUUGUAUGAUUAUAUAUGGCUCUUGAAACCUCACUACAGAUGAACAACACCAUGAUCGGAUUAUUUAUUGUAUGAUAUGUAUGUAUUUAUGUAUAUAUGUAUGUAUGUAUUUUGUUGAAUAGAAACGGAGUACGCCUGCAUCAUAUGAUACUUUGAAGAGUUAACAUAUUAUCUUGGAUUCGAUA